CCCCCGCUCUCUGAGCUCCCGCCACCUCGGCAACUAGGAGCCCGCCUCGUCCGAGGCCUUCGCUGUAGCGAAGCUGCCGGUCUCUCCUCUGUCUCUUUAAAUGGUGGGGCCAACGGGCCGCCCCUGCAGCUGCUGCCUGGGAGGCCCCGCGCGCGCCUAUUGAGGAGCGAACCAAGAUGGCGGCGGCAUUGGCUCUGUGAGGAAGACGGAAGAGGCGGUGGCAGCGGCGAAGAGGAAGGGACUUCCAACAGUCAGGAGCGCUCCGUCGGCCGCGGGUUCUCGGAGUCUCCCGAUCAGCGGCAGCAGUAGCGGCAGAAGCAGGCGGUCGUCGGUUUCGGACAUUUGAAGCAGGGGGAACAGUGCGGAGCCACCGACUGCGGUGGCAGGGCCAGGUAUAAGGAAGGAAAACAUGGCGGCGGCGGCCUGAGUAGGCGGCGGCGGCGCGGGAAGCGACUUCGCGGAGCUCAUGGCGGAGGCGGGAGCAGGGCAGUGACAGGCGCCCCGAGUUCCUACCGCGGGGGGCGGAAGGCCGCGAAACGCUGCGCGCCCUUUCGGGGCGGCGGGGCGGCCGGGCUCGCCGGACCUGGACAAUAGCGCCGAGGAGCCACAGGCGAGGGAAGGCGGCGGCCCAGAGCUCGGGCUCGGGUGCGGGCCAUGCGGACGGCGGCGUGGUCCCGCGGCGGUCAGCGGCGGCAGUGACCUUUGCUCGCCGGCGUUCUCCCGCCUCGGCUCCCGCCUCCCCCGGGCCCUCUGCCCGGGCGACUCCGGCGGGGCGCCCGCCCCAGGCCCUGGGCGGCACGAUGACCGACACCCGGCGGCGGGUGAAGGUUUACACGCUCAACGAGGACCGGCAGUGGGACGACCGAGGCACCGGGCAUGUGUCAUCCGGCUACGUAGAGCGGCUGAAGGGCAUGUCUCUGCUUGUCAGGGCCGAGAGUGACGGUUCUCUGCUUUUAGAGUCCAAAAUCAAUCCUAACACUGCAUACCAGAAACAACAGGAUACUUUGAUUGUGUGGUCUGAAGCAGAAAACUAUGACUUGGCGCUUAGCUUUCAAGAGAAAGCUGGAUGUGAUGAAAUUUGGGAAAAAAUAUGUCAGGUUCAAGGAAAGGACCCUUCAGUGGACAUCACUCAGGACCUUGUGGAUGAAUCUGAAGAGGAGCGUUUUGAUGAUAUGUCAUCACCAGGAUUAGAAUUGCCAUCUUGUGAAUUAAGUCGCCUCGAAGAAAUUGCAGAACUUGUGGCAUCAUCUUUACCUUCCCCCCUUCGUCGUGAAAAACUUGCACUAGCACUGGAAAAUGAGGGUUAUAUUAAAAAGCUCUUAGAGCUUUUUCAUGUGUGUGAGGAUUUGGAAAAUAUUGAAGGACUGCACCACUUGUAUGAAAUUAUCAAAGGCAUCUUCCUCUUGAAUCGAACUGCUCUUUUUGAAGUUAUGUUCUCUGAGGAGUGUAUAAUGGACGUCAUUGGAUGCUUAGAAUAUGAUCCUGCUUUAUCGCAACCACGAAAACACAGGGAAUUUCUAACAAAAACAGCCAAGUUUAAAGAAGUGAUUCCCAUAUCAGAUCCUGAGCUAAAACAAAAAAUUCAUCAGACAUACAGAGUUCAGUAUAUACAAGAUAUGGUUCUACCUACCCCUUCAGUCUUUGAAGAAAAUAUGUUAUCAACACUUCAUUCCUUCAUCUUUUUCAAUAAGGUAGAAAUUGUUGGUAUGUUACAGGAAGAUGAAAAAUUUCUGACAGAUUUGUUUGCACAACUAACAGAUGAAGCAACAGAUGAGGAAAAAAGACAGGAAUUGGUUAACUUUUUAAAAGAAUUUUGUGCGUUUUCUCAAACGCUACAGCCUCAAAACAGAGAUGCUUUUUUCAAGACCUUGUCAAACAUGGGCAUUUUACCAGCAUUAGAAGUCAUCCUCGGCAUGGAUGAUACACAGGUGCGAAGUGCUGCUACUGAUAUAUUCUCAUACUUGGUUGAAUAUAAUCCAUCCAUGGUACGAGAGUUUGUCAUGCAGGAGGCACAACAGAAUGAUGAUGAUAUUCUGCUCAUCAACCUCAUUAUAGAACACAUGAUUUGUGAUACAGAUCCUGAACUUGGAGGAGCAGUCCAACUUAUGGGCCUGCUUCGAACUUUAGUUGACCCAGAGAACAUGCUAGCCACUGCCAAUAAAACGGAAAAGACUGAGUUUCUGGGUUUCUUCUACAAGCACUGUAUGCAUGUUCUCACUGCUCCCUUACUGGCCAACACAACAGAAGAGAAACCCAGUAAAGAUGAUUUUCAAACUGCCCAGUUAUUGGCACUUGUCUUGGAAUUAUUAACAUUUUGUGUGGAACACCAUACCUACCACAUAAAGAACUACAUCAUUAAUAAAGAUAUCCUCCGAAGAGUGCUAGUUCUUAUGGCCUCAAAGCAUGCUUUCUUGGCGUUAUGUGCCCUUCGUUUUAAGAGAAAGAUUAUUGGAUUAAAAGAUGAGUUUUACAACCGCUACAUAAUGAAAAGUUUUUUAUUUGAACCAGUAGUUAAAGCAUUUCUCAACAAUGGCUCUCGCUACAAUCUGAUGAACUCUGCCAUAAUAGAGAUGUUUGAAUUUAUUAGAGUGGAAGAUAUAAAAUCAUUAACUGCUCAUGUAAUUGAAAAUUACUGGAAAGCACUGGAAGAUGUAGAUUAUGUACAGACAUUUAAAGGAUUGAAACUGAGAUUUGAACAGCAGAGAGAAAGGCAAGAUAAUCCCAAACUUGACAGCAUGCGUUCCAUUUUGAGGAAUCACAGAUAUCGGAGAGAUGCCAGAACACUAGAAGAUGAAGAGGAGAUGUGGUUUAACACAGAUGAAGAUGACAUCGAAGAUGGAGAAGCUGUAGUGUCUCCAUCUGACAAAACUAAAAAUGAUGAUGAUAUUAUGGAUCCAAUAAGUAAAUUCAUGGAAAGGAAGAAAUUAAAAGAAAGUGAGGAAAAGGAGGUGCUUCUGAAAACGAAUCUUUCUGGUCGGCAGAGCCCAAGUUUCAAGCUUUCCCUUUCUAGUGGGACAAAGACUAAUCUCACCAGCCAGUCAUCUGCAACGAAUCUGCCUGGUUCUCCAGGAUCACCUGGAUCCCCAGGAUCCCCAGGCUCUCCUGGAUCUGUCCCUAAAAAUACGUCUCAGACGGCAGCUAUUACUACCAAGGGAGGCCUUGUGGGUCUGGUAGAUUAUCCUGAUGAUGAUGAAGAUGAUGAUGAGGACGAAGACAAGGAAGACACGCUACCAUUGUCAAAGAAAGCAAAGUUUGAGUCAUAAUAAUGGCUACGUUGAGUACCUGUUGAAAAAACUGGUUGUUCACCCCUCCCCACCUACAAAAUCCGCAACAAAGCAGUGGUCUCUUGUGAAUGACUGACACAGAUCAGCCUGCUACACUUGACUUCUGCUCAUCAAGUGCCAAUUCAAUGGAGCAGGAGGAGGGGGAUAGUAUACAUUAGGGGAAAGAUUUAAGCCUCUGAGCUCUCCAGCUUGGACCACACAUUGCCCUUUUCUCAGGGAAGGAAAUGGAAACAAAAAGCCAACAGGGCAGGGGUUUUUUAAGUGGCACUCUGGAUUGACUGGUCGGUUACUACAAUCAGAACAUGCUUUCUUGGACCAUGUUUGAGACUCAGAAGAAUGGGCUUUUCUGCCACAAUUCUUCACUAGUUAAGAAUGCCAGCAGUUUCUUUGUAUAAAGAGACCUGCCUUUAAAAUCAUACAUUCUGAACAUUUUAGUCAAGCUACCACCGGUUUGGAAAAACCUCUGUGGGGGAGGGGCGAAUAUAAAGUUUCCUCUUUUUUAUCUGUUCCCCUUGCCCUUCAAACUGCAGAUUUUUUUUAAAGUGGGGAUUUGUCCCUACUUGAUUAAAGAUUGAGUGGAAUUCUAGAUGUGGUCAUUCGUGUCAUAAUUAUUUUUUUGUUUCAUUUUGUUUUUGAUUUGUUUUCUUCCGAGUGUCUGUUUAGUUGUUGCGUAUAUAUAUCUGGGACCAUUAAAACUUUUUUUGAUGUAAUAUAACCUAACGUCGUGCCGGUACCUGCUUUACUAUGUGUAAUUUGUGUUCUACACCACAGUUCUUAAUUUGUUUAGAGUUUUAUGAAAGAUGGUAUAGUUUUUAUUGACAAAAGCAAAGUAAUCUUGCAACUAUGUGCAUACAAAAAGCAAUACUAUUUUGUGACUAAAUAUUUUAUAUUAAAAUUUACAUCAGCAACUGUCUUGAGAAUUCAGGGAAAUAGAGUGGAAUUUAAAACUUCAACAGUUUUGUUAAACCUAGAGACGUGAAAUUAGUAUUCCAAAGAGAUUCUGAAAUUUCAUAUCUUGGAAAAUGAUGGUACGUUAAUCAAAUUGAGGAUGGAUGAUUUAAAAAUAACGUUUGACUUUUGGUGAAAAAUAAAAAGAAAAUUGAAGAGUAAGAGAAA